UGAAAUAUUCCAGAAACUCCUCAAUGGCCAGAGGCUUCACCUUGAAAAUGAAAAUCAUCGGAUGAAAAUGAGCGAUAAUGAAGACAGUCAUCUCCAGAAGGAUCUAAAAACAUUUUACCAUGAACUGAACGAAGUGAACAAUCGUCAGGAAGUAACUCAAAAGGAUCUAAAUCGAAUGAAACGCUGUAUUGAGCAUUUUGACGGUGAAAUUUCGUGGAUAAAGGAAGCUCUCAGGGAAUGGACUGAAGUUACAGCCCGUGGUGAAGCAACCAAUAAACUGAUUGAACGCUACUGCAAACAGGAUGCAUCCCGCGCAAAUACUCUCGAAGCUAAAAGACAACUUCUGCAGAGGAGCAUUAUGAAGCAGAGGGAGCGAUUGGUGGUUUGUGAAGAGCAGCAGAAGUCUCUGGAAAAUAUUCUCGAGAGGACAGCUCAGCUGUAUCAGCAGGGAAAUUGUGAGAGGAGGACUUUGAUAGCCACGUGGAAAGAGGCUUGCUUGCAGAUGAGUCAGCGUGAGAAGGAGAUUGAAGAAGCUGAACGGGAUUUGCAGUAUUCGCGGGAGAUUACAAAGAAGAAGGAAAAGAGAUCUGAGGAUUUGUCUGGAAAUCUCGAAAGUCACGUGGCGAAGGGACGUGAAAUUGAGCAGGACAUUGCAGAAUUGAAUGUUAAAAUUUCCGAUGAUAGAAGUCGUUUGACGAACCUCACAGACGCUCUAGCUCUCAAAGUGAGUGAGAUGGAGAGCCUUGGGAAGUCUCUGGUGUCCACGAGUCAGGAACUUCAGAGACAGAGACAGAAGAACAGACAGUGGUUGAAUGAGAAGAAUACAAAGGAUAAUCUCCUGAUUGACUGGCAGAAUAUCUACGAAGAUCUCUCGAAGCGUCAUGAGACAUUCCGGAGCAAGAAGUACAACGCCGAUGAGAGGCUCAGGCAACUCGAGGAGCUGAUUGAGGUGGAAGAGAGGAACAUCAAGAUCCUUUCGGGAGAAACUAACAAACUCACAACAGCCAUCUACAAGGCCCAGCAGCAUUUGAGUGAACUUCAGGGAGAGGAAAAAGUCCGGGAUAUGGAAAUCCAGGGUCUCGAGAGUACAAUUAAGAGAAUGAGGGCAUUUGCUGGGAACCAGGCCACUGAAAUCGGACGUCAAACAGCCAUUCUCUACCAUCUGGAUUUUGAGAUUCAGCAAACCCUCGCCCGUCUUGACAAUAUGAGUGGAAAGAGCAUAGAACUGGACACGGAUUGUGUUGAAAAAAUUCAGGAGCAGGAAGAGAUACAUGCCAGAAAGCACAAAACACUCUUCCUUCUGCAAUCCCAAAUCAAUAGCAUCGAAGAGGGUCGCAAGAGGCUGGACUACGUCUUCAAUUGCGACGCCCAGGAACUCGAGAAACUCACAAGUCGCCUGAAAGAGACCCAAUUGAGAUGCGAAAGUGGCGAGAAACACAUUCGCCAGGCGACUGUGGCAAAUCAGGAGAAACUCGUGGAUCAGAGCAUCCUGAAGAUGAAGGUGCAGCAAUUUGAACGACACCUUGAGAAUCAAUCUGAGAGGAAAUACAAUUUCGAGAAACAUCGCUUAGAGCUCGAAGUGGCAAUCAAUCAACGAUUCCUCGACAUCCAGGCUCAGAAGAAAAUCCUGGUGGCCAAGAAGAAACACCUAACGAAUGAGAGGCAACACUUGAGAGCAGAAAUUGGAGACAGGAGUGUCAAGAUUGAGAACCUCAAAAAGCGAUAUCAACUUAUUGAAGAUGUUCUCAAACGCAAUGAAGAUGGAAGUGCAAUGACUCCUAUUCAGAUUCGACUCAGAGCUGCCCAGGAGAAGCAAAUCCUCCUCAAGGAGGGCAAUGAACUCAAUGCAAAGGUCCUCAAAGCUGAAGCAGACAUCAAAGCUAUGGAGAAUACCGUGCGACUUGUUAAUUUUGCCAAUGAGAACUACAAAAGGAAUUUCGUAACAGUGGAAGAAGACAGUCCCCUACUCCAGGAACUGGAAAAUCUCCAAGAUGUUUAUUUCCAGGCUGUGAGAAAACUCAAGAAUCUUCGAGGGAAUCUUGUGUUCAAAGCUGACCAAUUGAAUACUUUGAAUGAGCAGAAAGAGAGCAUCGAGAGGGAGUUUGAGGAAAUUAUCCGCGUGAAGGGAGAUCGGAAUGAUGUACUCAUGAAAAUCCACAAAGAACUGUUGGAGCAAAAAGUAAAGCUUCACAGGGCUGAGAGAGAAAUGAAACAGGCUUUCAAGGCAGCUAAACUCAAGCUAAAUGAUUCGGAAUUCCUGGCCAUUCAAGAGCGAGAUUUCACAGCCCGUGAACUGGAGGAGCAGAAUUCAUCAGCUUUGCAGCAACUGGCGGAUCUCGUGGAUGCAAACCCUGGCCUAGGACCAGCUGUCUCCAAGUAUCUCCUGGACAAGGGUCUUUCGAUGCCGACAAGUCGUGCUAAAAGGUAAG